GGAAGGGGCGGGGCGGUUGGCUGGUUUCCUGGCGACGCGGCUGCGCUGGCGGCUUCUUUCCCCGCAGUUUGUACUCUCUCUUCCUGACGCGUGGGUGCUGGCCAUGCCUUCCCUGCUCUCAGUCCCCAAGCUGGUUCCCGCCAUAGCAAGGCUCCGCAGCCUCUCAGGGUGCGUGUCAUGUUUACAGCGAAGAUACUCCCUCCAGCCUGUGCCAGAGAAGAUUCCAAACCGAUACUUAGGCCAGCCCAGCCCGGUCACACACCCACACCUCCUCAGACCAGGGGAGGUGACGCCAGGACUCUCUCAGGUGGAAUAUGCACUUCGAAGACAUAAACUGAUGGCUCUGAUCCACAAGGAAGCACAAGAGCACAGUGCGACAGACCACGCAGUGGUGGUCCUCUCUAACCCUACAUACUAUAUGAGCAAUGACAUCCCCUACACAUUCCACCAAGACAACAAUUUCCUGUAUCUCUGUGGAUUUCAAGAGCCUGACAGCAUCCUGGUCCUUCAGAGCUUGUCUGGGAGGCAGUUACCAUCCCACAAGGCCAUGCUUUUUGUGCCUCGGAGAGACCCUGGGCGGGAACUGUGGGAUGGCCCUCGGUCUGGCACUGAUGGAGCCAUAGCCCUAACUGGAGUGGACGAAGCCUACACAGUGGAAGAAUUUCAACAUCUUGUACCAAAACUGAAAGCUGAGACGAGCAUGGUUUGGUAUGACUGGAUGAAGCCUUCUCAUGCUCAACUCCACUCUGACUACAUGCAGCAUCUAACUGAAGCCAAAGCCAGAAGCAAUAACAAGGUUCGGAGCGUCCAACAGCUGAUACAGCACCUACGGCUAGUUAAGUCUCCUGCAGAAAUCAAGAGAAUGCAGAUUGCUGGGAAGCUGACCUCAGAGGCUUUCAUAGAAACCAUGUUUGCCAGUAAAGCUCCAGUAGACGAAGCCUUUCUUUAUGCGAAGUUUGAAUUUGAGUGCCGGGCCCGAGGUGCGGACAUCUUAGCCUACCCGCCUGUGGUUGCAGGUGGUAACCGCUCCAACACUUUGCACUAUGUGAAGAAUAAUCAGCUCAUCAAGGAUGGUGAAAUGGUGCUUCUUGAUGGAGGUUGUGAGUCUUCCUGCUACGUGAGCGACAUCACCCGGACAUGGCCUGUCAACGGCAGAUUCACGGCGCCGCAGGCAGAACUCUAUGAAGCUGUUCUAGAGAUCCAGAGAGCUUGCCUGACCCUGUGCGCCCCUGGGGCAAGCUUGGAGAACAUGUACAGCACGAUGCUCACACUGACAGGACAGAGGCUUAAGGACCUGGGCUUUGCGGAGGCCAGCAAGGACGACGCCUUCAAGGCAGCUCGGAAAUACUGCCCUCAUCAUGUUGGCCAUUACCUCGGAAUGGACGUCCAUGACACUCCAGACAUGCCUCGAUCACUCCCUCUGCAGCCUGGUAUGGUGAUCACAGUUGAACCAGGCAUUUAUAUUCCAGAGGAUGACAGAGAUGCCCCAGAGAGGUUUCGAGGUCUCGGAGUGCGGAUUGAGGAUGAUGUGGUGGUGACUGAGGACUCACCUCUUAUCCUUUCUGCAGAUUGUCCCAAAGAGAGGAAUGACAUCGAGCAGAUCUGCAGCAGGACCUCUUGACCACCGCUGUAGCGUACUUAGAGCCCGGGAGCCAGGCUGGCAUCCCUGCCUAUGCAAGUAGUCAGUGUCUCUGAGGGGCAUUGCACAGCUCUGAGUGGAGAUCUUUGUAUAUGAGGAUGCUUUCAUGUUAAAUAGAUGUAAACCUGGAAACGAGAACUCUGGGACAGUCUGUUACUAGGACUUUAGUGACAUUAAUCUGACAAGUUAACGAUCCAGAAAGUUUAACAUGUGAAUGUAAAAUAGGGGUUUGGUUUGGUUUACCCCUACAUUUUAUUUAACACAUUUCAGCCAAGAACUCUCUUCUUUUCCUUUCUGCAAUUUUGCUGAGAUCCAUGUAAUAUCCUAAGAUGGUUGUAUAAGGCUCAUGUUUAACUUCACCAGUGUUUCUGCCUGUGCUAAAAGCUAUCUGUUCAUGUUUGAGGUGGCCAAUAUGAACCUUCCCUGACCUCUGCAUCCCUGCUCCAGGUUCUGCACAUCUAUGGGACCUCUCCAGCCUCAGGGAACACAGGUGUCCUGUAGUCUUUCCACUCAGCACAGUUCAGCAACACCAGCCAACAAAAGAGUCUCGGAUCUUUCUUGCCAUUUUGGUUACUGAAGACCUGAAAGUAUCUUUGUCUCUGUGCAGAUCCAGGCCUUGCGCUCUGCUUUCUUCAAUUUAAAGAGGAUUCUUUCUUCAAGCAUCCACCUUCCUUUCCAUCAUAGGUUCUUUUCUUUGGCAAAAAUGUCACUCUGUGCCUGUGUCAUUCUCAGUUUGCUUUGAUUUGCUUUGUGACAGGAUCUUACGUAGCCCAGGCUGACCUCAAACUCAGUAUGCAAUUGAUGCUGGCCUCAAACUGCUGAUCUUCCUGCACCAUGCCCAGCUCCUGUGGCCAGUGCUACACAGAGAAACCCUGUCUCAAAGCCAAAAAAAUUAAAAUAAAAAAAUAGCACUUAAAUGAAGGUACCCUGUCUGGGUAUCCAGUAUCACAUCAUGAUUUUAUGUGUUUAUUUCAGAAUCUGGUGUUUGUCUCCUAUCAGGAAGGCCAGAUUUUUUUUUUUUUAAUUAAAAAACCUGCAGUAGAAAUACUAGAGUCAGGAUUAAUAUCUUCUCAUAGUCUCUGAGGCUAUGUGCCUCUAAUCAUAACUUAAAAUACUCACACAGGUCAGCAGCAUGGCUCAGUGAUGAAGGCACUUGCUACCAAGGAUGAGUUAAAUACCUGGGAUGAGUUAAAUACGUGGUGACAGGAGAGAACCAGCUCCCUAAGGUUGACCAGUUACCUUCACACUCGUGCUAUGACAUUUGCAUGGACACACACAUACAGCAAAUACACCAAUAGUAUUCUCUGUACAGCUGGUGUGGUGGCACACCUCUGUAGUCGCAGCACUUGGAAGGCACAGGCAAGAGGAUUGUGGGCUGGAGACCGACCUGGAGCACACAGUAAGACAACCUCCAUGUCCCUGUCUGUUUUAACAGUAAUGGCUGUGGUCUCUCUCCUCCCUCCCUUCUUCUGCUUAUUCUCUUGCUUAAGGGGUAAGCCCAGGUCUUCAUAGUCAGGCAAGCGCAGGCACUCACACCCAGCCCUUACUAACUCUUCUCCAGUCGGAAAGGAAAACCUCUCACUGUCAGCAUUCUGUCUUAAAAUUUAGGCCCUUAAGUCAGAAAGUUUUCACUUUUUCUACUUUUCCAAACAUCCAUGAUACAUCCCUUCUUUUGGCUUUGUGAAUAAUACAGACAGACUGCACCCAGGCAUAGUAGUUCAUACCUGUAAUCACAGCACAAGACUGAAGCAGGAAGAUUGCUAUGAAUCCAAGACUAGCCUGAGCUACAGAGUAAGACCCUGAUUCAAAAAUGAAAAUAAGGGCUGGAAAGACGGCUCAGCCAUUAAAAGCUAGGCUCGCAACCAUCAAUAUAAGAGCUCAGUUCCCAAAAAUAAAAAUAAUAAUAUAGAGACUGCAAGUGGAAAGCGUGGCUGUUGCCUUCUGCUCCCCUGUGUUCAGAGCAGACCAUAAGGAAAGCACAGUAUGCUCUCCCCUGGGGAAAAUGGCACUACCCUCCUCUAUACGUGCUCCCAGCAACUCCCGGCAAUUCAACAGGCUUGGGGUUUGAGUUGGAACCAUCAUGACUAGAAGAUAAUAAAUGAAAGUUAUCACAUAUUAAGCCAGGCAGAGGUGCCACGUGCCUUUAAUCCCAGCACUCAGCAGAGGCAAGCAGAUAUGGGAGUUCAAGGCCAGCCUGGUCUACAUAGUAAGGUCCAGGACAGCCAGAGCUACAUGGAGAGACCCUGUUUCAAAAAACCAAAAGAAAGAAAUUUAAGUGGGUGGCCACGCCAGUGAUGUGAUCAAGAGCCCUGCACAGAAGAUGGUUUCACUGUGUGGCUAAUAUUUUUAUUCUUAAUUUCCAGAAGUAGCAUUUAAGGCCCAAAGUUAAGCAGAUUGUGCAAGCUUUAGACCUUGGCAGAUCUGAAGCGCUUUCAGAUGUUCCUGGGGUAAUGAAAAGGCGACCGUGACAUCAUCAACUCCCACCACUACAACAGAAACCCCUCGUUAAAAUCCGCAAUGGGAAUGGGCUUCUUUGUCCUGAGGAGCUUUGACUAUCAGUAUUGUAUGGACCAGCAGUCACCACUGGACAGGGCAUGUGCCCACCAGAACCCAGUAACUGCAGUUGUGAUCAGCAUUUCUUAAUGCUUUGUAUGACUUUUGUGCAAUUAUAUAUGUUCUCUUUGGACAUAGUGCUGUUACUUUUUAAUGUCCUUUUCAAUGAAAAAUGGAUAUAGCAUUUCCCAGUACGGGGAAUGCAUUUGUUACUGUCAUUUUUUAAAUAUGCUAUAAAACUGUACAGGUGGUAUGUGUGUUUUACCUUA